AGGAAGCUCAAAGAUUUAGUUUUAGCUAACUUAUGCUAGAAGUGAAGGUCUGGUGUGCUUUUAAGUUGAAUUAGGACACAUGUCCUACACUUCUAAUGAUUUGAUCCAACCCAAGAAAUGGAUGACGAUGAAAGGCAGAGGAAAUUAGAAGCUGGAAGAGCCAAGAAAUCCUCCAACAUGCCUAGAAGCCAGUCGCUUGCUAGCUUCCGACAGAAGCGGGCGAAAGGCGACAGUGAGGGGACGUCGAAAAAGACGCAGAAGAGGAAGGGCCAGGCUGUCCCGCAGAAUGACGGAGCGACGCAAGGCCGACCCGUAGACGCAGCUCUUCCCUCAGCCAAUGACACAGAGCUGAACAAGAAGACCAGCCAUGAGGAACCCCAGAAGCCGGAGAAAUCAAAGGUUCAGAAGAACCAACCACAGAAGGAUCAGCCCCCCGCCCUGGAGCAAAGCCCGUCCCCUGUGGAAGACAUUAAAGAAGAGGAGCUGAUAGCACUCACCGGCAAAGAGCAGCUCAAGCAGCUACAGGAGGCUGUGGAGAAGCGUAAUGAAAUAAUUGCCCGGCUCAGCUCCAACCUGCAGGAGGCCCUCGCCAGCAGAGACCAGGUACAGCUGGAGGCGCAGACGCUAGCUGGACAGAUCCAGGGGCUGCAGAGACAGCUCCAGCAGACGAGUGUAGAGUUUCUGCGCAUCAAAAGUCAGUCAGGGGCUGAAGUCCUCAACACUCGACAACAGCAUGGCCGGUCCUCCCAGGAUGCAGACCUCAAUCAUAAGGAGGCACCAUCAGGGAGUGCAGCUCCUGGGACAAUAUCAGGUGUUGAAGGCUCCAGCACUGAGACUGACACUGCUCUGCAAAAACUGAGGGCAGAGUUGGAAGAAGAACGGAAGAACAGCCAACGCAUAUACGCUGAGCUAGCAGUGGAGAUGGAGAAACACCAACAUGUGCUUUCUUUACUGGAGAAGGAGAAGAAAAGCAGGGAUGAGGUUCAAAGGGAAAAGGAGGAGCAGCUGCAAGACCUCCAAAUGCACUUUAACAUAGUCCAAACCCAGUGCCUUGAGCUGCAGCAGUACAAGGAGGAGAAGGAGAAGCUGAACAAGGAGGUGCUGGAGCUGAGGAACAGGCUUCAGGAGGAAGCAGAUGCAGAGAGGGGACUUAGUGAGGAGGUGGCCAGCUCCACUCUUCAGCUCCAGAGACAGGAGGAGGAGAUCCUGAGGCUCAAAGAGGAGCACAGGGAGGAGGUGGAGGGAGUCAGGCAGCUGCUGGAGGAGAGGGAGAAAGAACUGAAGUUCAGAGAGGAAGAAGUCAUGGGACUCAAGGCUUCUAAGAAUCGACAGAACAAAGCAAAAGCUGGUUUUAGUUUUGAUGAAGUUAAUAUAGAUGAAGCUGAUCUGGAAACCGGACCUGUUGAGAACAGCAUGAAUGUAUCCGUGGAUAUUUUGAUGGAGCGCUACAUGUCCUCAGCUCCCCCUGCACACACACACUCUUCAGUGGCCAAUGAAAGCUUGGAGCGCGGUCAGCUGGACGUCUCUGCAGAAUACAGUUUUGAGCUCAACAGUGAGGUGUUGGGAGAUGAGCCUCUGUUGUCAAUAUCAAACCGUUUCCUUGAAGAAGACGAUAACCGCCAUAACACCUCGACCCCACAGUUUUCUCCUCCUGUCCCUGAUAAUUCCAAUCCUCCGUCUCCAUCUGAGUGGCUUUUCAACUCCACGCCCGACGAGCUGGAGGAGAGUAAACUGUCUGAGCAGCAGUUUGAGCAGACCGACCUGGAGAAAGAGCUGCUGAAUCAGCAGUGUGGGGAGCUCCGCGAGGAACUGCUCCUCAAGGACCGGGACUUGAAUGUGUUGAGGGAGGAGGUCAUCAACAGUGCUGAAGAGCUGGAGGAGGCCAGGAGCAGGUGGGCCCAGGUAACAGAAGAGCUCAGGCAGGCUCUCUGGGAACUAGAAGAGGAGAAGGAGCAGAAGAGGAUCGUAGAGGAGGAGAUGAACUUGAAAGCUCAUGAACAAGACAACCUGAAAAACAAACUCAGUGCCUUAAUGAAAGAAAGAGAAAAUGCAGUAUUGUUGAUGGGAAGAGAAGCUGCUGAAACCUCCCUGCUGGCUCCUGCUACAACUCCAUCAGAGGAGGACGAUAAGCUGGUUGGGGAGCUGAAAAAUAAGCAGGCUGCUCUCCUGUCUCAUCAAAACCAGCAGGAGCUGGUGGUGUUGUCUCAGCAGGAGAUAAAGCAGCCGGCAAUCUCUGCCGAACAAAGCCCCGAGCUCAGAGAUGACAAGCAGCUGCAGACACUGCAGGCUCAAUGUGAACACCUCCUGUUGCAGCUAGAAGAGAUGAAAACUACACAUAAAGCCACAGCUGCCCUCCUAGGUCAAAGGACUACGGAGGUGGACGAAACACUAAAGGAGCUCGAAGCUACUCGUGCUCAGGUUGUAAAAGUCCAAACAGAAGUGGACAGACUGCAGGGAGAGCUGGAGAAGAGCCUUGACAGUCUGGACAGUGCUGAAAAAGAGAAGAGUGAAUUGGAGUCUCAGAUCUUCUGUUUGAAUCAAAACCUGGCCAACCUGGAGGAGGCCCAAGCCCAGACAGCGCAGGAGAGAGAGGAGCACAGGAGGAAAGAGGAGGCGAUGGAGGACCAGAUUAAGAAAAUGGAACAAGUCUUAGAGGAGGAACUGGAACAGUUUGAGAGCCUGCUAAAAGCUAAGGAUGUGGAGUUGUCUGAAGGGAAGGAGAAGUGGGAGGAAGAGAGACAGGAGAAGGAGAAAGAGCUCCUUGAUGUGAGGCAUGACCUGGAGGAGCAGAGGAGGGAGAGGGAGGAGGAGGUGAAGGCUCUCCUGGAGAAGCAGCUGUUGGUUGUUAAGGAGGCGACCGAAAGGCUCAAGACGACUCACCAAGAGGAGAUACAGCACCUGAUGGAGAGACACCAACAAGAGAUUUCUAAAGUCAACACCCACCUGGAGUCAGAACAGCUGAAGCAGCAGGUCCUCAUUGAGGAGGAACAGAGGAGACAGAUCAGCCUCAUCAAACAGGUGACUGAGCGCGAGCACGAGAGGAUGCUUUCAGAGCUGUCUGCCAAACACAAUGAGGAGCUUACACAACUGAGGACAGAGGUGUCCUUGGAGCUGAGGGAGAGCAUGGAGGCGGCCCACCAAGCUGAACUGCAGCAGGCUCAGGUCCAGAAGAAGAGCGAGCUUGAAGCCUUGCGUCUGAGCCUGACCAAUGCCCACAUGUCUCAGCUAGAGCAGGAGUCUGCUCUCACAGAGGCCCAGGGCUCCCUGAGGGAGACCUUUGCUCAGGAAAUUGCUCUCCUAAAGGCUCAGCAUCGGGCAGAACUGGACCAGAUUAGGCAGCAGAAUAAAGAGCAGCAGGAGAAACUGCGUGAGCUGCAGCAACAGCAGAUGAAUGAUUGGAAGCAGCAGUGGGAGACCAGUGUGGCUCAGGAGAGAGCUGCCAUGGAGCAAGAGCAGGCCAAAGACAUACAGGCUUUAAGGUCACAGUGGGAUAAAGAUGCUGAGAGCAGCCAGUGCAACCUCCAGACCUCUCUAUCAGAGACUCAGAACAGCCUUACUGCCACCCAGACAGAGCUGUCCCUGACCCAGGCAGAGCUGUCCCUGACCCAGGCAAAGCUGCAGGAGUCUGGGGCCAAGCUCCAGGAACUCCAGACCUCAAGUAAGGAGCAGAACCAGCAACUAGAGGCGGAGCUGAAACAGGCCUGUGCUGACAGAGAUGCUGCUGCACGUUCUCUAGAGGAGUUGGUCUCUAGCCACAAGGCAGUGCUGCGGGAGAAGGAGCAGCAAGCACUCCACCUAGAGGAGAAGAAACAGCAACUGAAGCAAGAGGUUUCACGCCUUCAGGAAGAGAGGACUUCGCUCAAAAAGAGCUCAGAGCAAGAAGUAGGUCAGCUGUGGAGCCAGCUGGAGAGCAUGAGGACCAGCCGACAGGAGUUGGGAGAGCUGAAGGAGCAGCUGCUCGCUCGCUCGGCUCGCGUUGAUGACAUUGAGCGCCUGAAGACAGAGUUUAAUGAACAAAAGCGGGAAAUCAGAGAACAGAAUGAGGCUGAGCUGGAAAGCCUGAGGAGGUACUUUGAGCAGCGAUUGCGGGCGACAGAGGAAGGCCACAGAGAGGAAAUAGCUCUGCUCCAGCUGAGGCUGGUGGAGAGAGCCUUGGAGGAAUCUGUGAUAAGAACUGCAGAUGACAGUUUCAGUUCCAUAUCUCAAAGCCAAGCUGAGGAAGAGGAGGAUCAUGUGUUUUCUGAAGCUGUCUUCAAACUGGAGAAACACAAGGAAGCGCUAGACAGUGUGCGUCUACAGCUGGAGGACAAACACACAAUGGAUCUUGCCAAUAUACAAUCUUCUAUGACCCAGUCCUUUACAGAAGAGCUGCAACAGGUGCAGUCGGACAUCACUGACCACUACUAUGAAGAGCUGCAGGAGCAGAAGACUCGUCAUGCAAUGGAGCUGGAGCAACUCAGAGCCAAGCUUUCUGACCAUCACGUACAAGAGCUUACCAGAGUUCAUUCGGAGGCAGCACGGCAGGUUGAGCUGGAGGUUGAACAGAGGAUGUGGUGUCUCACUGAGGAGCUGCAGACGAGGAUGACCAUCAUCCAUUCUCUGGAGAACAAUCUGGCUGCAUUGAGUAAACAGCAUGAUGCCGAAAUGCAAAGGAACACACAAAAGCUGAAACAGGAGUUUGCUGGUGAGCUCGUCCAUCUCGAGGAGGCUCUGAAACAGGAGAGGGAGGAUGUGCAGGAGGAGAGGAAGAGGCAGAGAGAAGAGCUCCAAGAGAAGAACGAAGCCGAGCUCUCUGCGCUGAGGUCAGAGCUGGACCGAGAGAUGGAGAACGAGAGGACACGCCUUGAAAAAGAACUUCAUGAGGAGAAAGAGAGGUUAAAAACUCUACAGGCCGCACUGGACAAUGAUGAGAGCCCACAGGCUUUGAUAGUGCGGCAGAGACUGGAGGCCCAGUAUGACGGUGAGCUUCAAAGGGCAAAGAGCUGCAUGGCAACAGAAAUCAAGGAGCUCACUGCUCGCCUCCAGGAGCAGGGAGAAGAGCGGCUGCACCAAGCUCAAGAGAGGUUCCAAGAGGAGAAAGCAGCGUUGGAGCAGAGUUUGGCCCAAAAAUAUGAAGUCUCUCUGGCAGAGCUGAAGAACAAACAUCAAACUGAGCUUGAACAUGAGAGGGCAGCCCUACUGAACAAACACUCUCAAGAGAGGGACACACUCGAUGCCAAACACAAAGCACAACUAGACUCACUCAGUGCCAGUCACAGAGAUCAGCUUGCAGCUACGGCGGUUGAGCUCGAAUCCAAACACAACGCUGAGCUUGUCGCCUUGGAAGCAGCCUUCAAUUCCAAACGAAAGGCAGACAUUGAAAGUCUGGAGGGCAUUUUGAAGGAGACCAAUCACGCUCAGCUGGAGGCUCUAGAAGCGGAGUUGACUCGUAAACACCAGGAAGAGAAGGAUGAGCUGGAAAUGAGGAUGCUGGGUAAUAUGGACACGUUGGAGGCCACCUACCUGAAGGAAGUACAAGCACUGCAAGAUGAAAUGGUGCAACUUAAAGAGACACAUUGUCAAGUCCUGAACCUCCAGAAGUCAGAACAUAGGCAGAUCAUGGAGCGCCAUGCAUCGGAGCAGCUGUCCAUCAGGGAGGAGCUGAGGAAAGAGCUGGCUCUGCUGCACAUAGAGAAGUUUAGUGCCAUGGCAGCGGAGCUCAGCCAUGUUCACAAGACUGAGCUAGCUGCUCAAAAAGAGGCCUUGGAUACAGAACACUGCAAAGCACUGGAGACCCUUAAGAAGCAGGUUUUAGAAGUUGAGCAACAGCACGGCGCUGCUCUUCAGGAGCUCUCACAAACCUGCAGAGCUGAAAAAGAACAACUCAUCACACAGCACCAGCUCCAGCUCCAGGAGUUGAGGGGCGUCUCUGCGCGGGAAUUGGAGGUAUGUCUCGAAGAAGAGUCAUCCAGGCAAAGCCAGCACUUCCUCGAAGAGGUGGAGCUCCUCAAAGUCCAAUCAGAGGAGAGACUGCAGGACAGGAUUAAUCGACUGAAGACGGAGUUUGAAGAGCAGAAGGAGGCGAGGCUCGAAGACCUGAAGAGGAGCUUUGCAUCUGAACAGGAGGAGAAGGAGCGCAGCUACACAGACAAGAUGAGCCAACUCACCAUCCAACUGCAGCAGCUGGACGGUGUGGUUGCCCAGCUGCGAGCAGAGGUUGGCUGUCUGCAGGGAGAGUUAGAGGGGAAGCGUUCAGAGAUGGAGACUUUGGACACUCUCCUCCAACGGCGGGAGCGAGAGACUCAGGAGGGAGGAAACCUGCUCAAGAUGCUCACUGACGAUCUGCAGGCCGGUAAAGAGGAGAGACGUAAACUGCACCAGGCAAAUGACAAGCUAAAGAACGUGCUGAUAGAGAUGAUUCGCGGCACCAUUGCAACAGAAGACAUGAUUGGACAGAAGAUCAACGCCAGAGCUAAAACAUCAGAGCAUGGGUCCCAUCAGAGGAGCUCAACGGGGAACAAAGAUGCACAAGAAUCAGGUAUCUCAGUUACAGACAUGUCUUCAGAACAUAUGGAGUUGACCCACCUGCUAUGUGAGAGCCUGCUGGUUACAGACACUCAGAUCAACCCUGGGGGAGAAGAGGCAGCUCUGAGCGCCUGCAGCAGACUGCGCCACACUGUUGACACGCUGCUGGAUCUGCUCAACCAGGCCAACAAACAGUUGGAGCAGACUCAUGGUUUCCAUCACUCUCUGGAGGAGAAGUUCUCUCAAGGUAGAGAAGACUCCGCUCAACUCCUCGUGCAGCACAAGCUCCUUUUGGAGCAGCUGGAUCAGGAGGCAAAGAUGAAGAGUCAACUCCAGCUGGAGUACCACAAGGCAGAGGGGCUGUUGGAGGGCUAUGUGGCUGAGAAAGCAUUGCUGGAGGAGUCUCUGCAGCAGAAGGAGGCGCAAGAGGAGAGACUGGUGGAGGAGCUGGAGGACCUGAAGGUGAAGCUGCACCAGAUGCAGGGCCUCACGUCAGAGCUCGACGGCCUCAGACUGAAGCACCAGGAGCUCAGCGAGGAGCACUCGCUUCUCCUGCGGCAGAAGGAGCAUCUCUCUGCCGGACUGGGGGAGAGGGAGAAAGCUCUGCUUGCAGAGACGGAGCGUUUGACCCAGGAUAGGCUGGACUUGCAGCGUCAGGCCGAGAAGGACCACAAGUCUCUGUCGCUGCGCCUCAGGGCCCUGGAGAGGGAUCUGGAGGAGAAGGAAACACAGGACCUGGAGACGGAGCAGCACCACAAGACCCACACCGAAGACCUGAACCAGCGCGUCCAAGCUCUGGAGAAACAACUGAAACACGACAGGCAGUUUAUAGAGGAGCAGGCUGUGGAGCGUGAACACGAGAGAGACGAGUUCCAGCAGGAGAUCCGAAGCCUGGAGGCCCAGCUCAGACAGACCGCCAGCGUGGAUAAUAAGGGACACAGGUUUCAGGACAUGGUUCUGCAGGUGGAGAGUCUGCAAGCUAUCAUCAAAGACAAAACAGAGGACCAUGACUCUUUGGUCGCAGCCAAUCAGCAAGCCCAGCGUGAUCUCACAGAGCGCAAUGAGGAGAUAGACAAGCUAGCCGGGCGAAUCAGAGAGCUGGAGCAAGCCCUGCUCAACAACGCCGAGGGCAAACGAUCUAUCAGCCAACUGGAACAAGAGCUCCACAGAGCAAAGUUGAGAGAACAGGAGCUCUCGCAGGAUAAGCAGGCACUGGAGCAGCAGCAGCUGUCCAACAGGCUUCAAAUCUCCGCCCUGCAGUCCAAAGUGGAUGAGACGAGACACUGUUACCAUGACAACCAGAGUGAAUCCACUCAGGAGCUUAGCGACGCGCUGGACCUCGCUCAGCAGAGCCUACGGAGCAAAGAGCAAGAGGUCGAGGCUAUGGUUGGCCAACUGGAGACUCUGCAGAGGGACAUGAGCAUCAAAGAGGUUGAACUAAAACACCUCGCUCUACAGCUGGAGCUUCUGACCAAUCAGAAUGCAGCCCAUGUUAACGAGCUCCAAGACCAGAUUGCUGCCCUGAAGGAGAAUGUUUCUGCUCUCACGAUACUCCAGGAGGAGAAAGAGGAACAGAGCGAAGCUGAGAACCCAGGGGAGGAGAAUUUCCCCUCAGCAUUACUCGAGGAGAAAAAUCAGGAGAUCGACCACCUCAACGCAGAGAUCCAAAGACUGGAGCAGGAUUUGGACGAUACCAGGGACAACAAGGCUUUGGAGGCUGAGCUCGAGGACCUGCGCUCACAGGUGGAACACCUUCAGUCUGAGGUCAUGAGAGUGCGUCAGGACAAACAGGAAGAAGAGGAGCGCCUUCAUGAGGUCAUCAGCACUCUACAGGCAGAACUCGCCACAUUAGGCCCGAACCUGCAUGAAGUGAGUGACUCUCAGGACGGUGACAGCAUCAAUCCCUCGCCGGCUCCCAGCCCCGAACCCGACAACUACACCAUCCAGGAACAGGCGAGGAGGGGAGGGCCAAACAGCCUGAAGCAAGAGCUCAGUCUGAGUCACUCUGCCUCCUCUCGUUCCCUGCAAUCGCGCUUCAAGGCCCUGCAGAGUCAGCUGGACACGGCGGUGGCAGAGAAAGAGGGACUGGAGCGAUUACUGCUCACUCAGGAGGAAGAUUACAGAGGACACGGGGAGGAGUUCGGAAAGAGGCUGACGGCAGAGAGGGAGAAGGCCGAUAAACUCCAAAGUGUCCUAACUCUCAAAGAAGCUGAGCUGGAUGAAGUCAAAGCCCAGAAAGAAGGAGAGGCAGAGAAGAGGAAAUCAUCUGAAGAGGAAAAUAACAAAGUUCAAACUCAAGAAAUGAGCGCCCUGCAUGAGAAGAACCUCCAUCUCAACUCUCUGAUUACUGAACUCCAGCAGAAAGAACAGGAGAGAGUGACCGAGAUCGACACUCUAAAAACAAAAGAGCGGGAGAUGAAAAUGGAAACGGAAGUCCUCCGAGAAACCAGCCUCACUCUCGAGAGACAAGUCCAGGAGAUGAGAGCCGAGCUGGUGGACAUGGAGGAACUGGUUGAUGAGGAAAGGACAAAGAUUAAAACCCUCAAGACAGUGAAGGGGGAGCUCUCUGCUGAACGGGAGGCACUGAGGAGGAAGGAGGGCAAACUGCAGGAGGAAAUUCAGAAGCUCAGACAGGAAGCGACUUCCAUGAGAGCCUGUAUCGAGGACCUGACGGUUCAGCUCAAUGAGAGGGAAACCAGUCAGGAGGAGGCUCAGAAGGAAGUGCUGACCCAUGCCGAGGUGACCCUGGCUAAAGCAGAUGCUGCUUUGAGACAGAGGGAGGCUGAACUUUCCAAACUGAGGGCAGAUCAUCAGGCUCUGAGAGCGGAGCUGACUGCGGUGAAACAGGGUCUGAGUACCAGCACCGAGAGGGCUGAGAAACUGCAUGAGGAAGGACAGACCAAAGACCGUGCCCUGCUUAACCUUGAGACUGAAAACCAGCGGCUGAAGGCGCAGCUUCGGGGUCUUCAAGGAGACCUGGCUGUUCAGGAAGAGGAACUGACCUAUCAGCAAAGAGAACUACAGCAACUCAGACAACACUGUGACCAGCCGGACACACUUCCCCACCAACAGGGACACGCACAGAAGGAUAUUUCUCACAGAGCCUUUGAAGACGUUGUGAGCGUCUCUCGUGGCGAAGUCUCUCUGAGCUCUCCGGAGGUUUUAAGGAGACUCGAAUGCUCCGAAGACCGAAUCCCAGAGCGUUUCCGCGCCUCUGCCAUCAACUCCCGUCUGUCUGAGUUCAGCGCUCUGAACAGCACCGGCCUGGACCUCCACCACGUCAAGCCCUCUCCCAGAGUGGUGAUGGAGUCUCCACACUCCAGGACCAUCACACCGGAUCCGGCCACGCGGAGUACCCGCUCCCCAGGCUCCGGCUCCGUGUCUGUGUCUGACAACUUCUCCAUGCUCGACUCGCUGGACACUGACAAAGUGCGCGAGUUGGAAGAUCUUGACAUGACAACACCUUCAUCUCCUCUUGGUUCCACUUCCUCUUUGUCGGCACCAGAAUGGGCCAGUGAUGGAUAUGGCAGCAAUGUGAGUUCAGAAUUGGGUGCGAGGCUGAAGGUGGAGCUGGAGCAGACUGAGCGGCUGGAUGCUCAGUUCCUUGACUAUCUUCGCUGCCGAGGAAUGAACCCCACGGUAAACACAGACAGUGCUGCAGGCAGUAUGAGCUACACCGAUGAGCUGUUGUCACCCGAGCUGCAGUGUCUGCUGAAAAAGGUGUAUCAAGAAAGCUGCAGGAUCCUCACUUUGUCCCAACGCCGUGCCGCUCCCUCAACACAUCCUCACGUCUCGGACUUAAGAGCCUUUGCAUUGAGUCACACAGAGCAUCAUUCUGAAGGUGGCUCCACCAUACUGGACCAGCGGGACAAUUCAUCCUCCAUCCCCCCCAUGAGCUGGCAGCAGGAGAAGAGGGCGCUGCAGGAGACUGUGGUUGCUCUCAGAGAGCUGCUCUGUCGAAUGGCACAGAGACCCACACAAACUGACCACAGAGUUGAAGGUGACUUGCCCGGAGAUCGGGUUGACAGACAGGUUGAAUCCCAACUGAGGGCGGAGCUGGAGGAGAGUCAGAAACAACUGAAGUGUGCUCAUGACACUCUGCAAGAGCAAAAGAACAAAAUACAGUCAGUCAGGGUGGCUAUAGCAGAGGGCGAAGAAGCUUUGAGAAGGGAGCAGGCCAGAGUCCAGGAGCUUCAACAACAACUGGAGCAGGAGCGAGCUCUGAGUCACCGCAAGGACAGGGAGAAGGAGGAAAGGAGAGAGGCUCUGCAUGUAUCUUCUGAGCAGCAGAGGUCAGAGGUCAUGGCUCUAAAGGGUCAGGUGGAGCAGGAGAGAGUGGCCUGCAGCAACCUGAGACAGGAGCUCCAGAUUGAACAGUCCCGCAGUGUGCUGCUGGAGAAACGCCUUGGCGACACCCAGAAAGAGCUAGAAGACGAGCGGCAUCUCUCUGCUCACCAGAAAGAGCUCAACCUACAAGACCAGACUCGCCUGGAGCGCCUCCUGACUGAAGCAGAGUCUCGCCUCGCAGAAAUUCACUCCAAGCUCGCAGAAGCUCAGAAGGUGGACGAAGAGAGAGACCGUUACUCCAGGCAGGUCGAUGACCUCAGCCGCCGACAAGAGGCCGACGCCACCAGAGACAGGAAGUUCAUCUCCGACAUGCGCGCCCAGCUGGAGCAAGAGCGAAGACAGGGGGAGGAGCUGGCAGCUGUGAUGGACAAACUGAGGGCUGAGCUGCUUCAGAGCAGGAGGAAAUCAGAGGAGGAGGACAGAGCGUGGAGGGCGGAGCUGCAGAGGGAGAAGGAGGCCGCCACCCGACAUCGCUUGGCUGUGGAGACUUUAAGGGAGCAGAAACAAGAAACCUGCUGUGCUUUAAAGAUGGAGCGAGAGCGCAACACACAGCAAGGGGUGGAACUGACCGAGCUGAAGGAGAAACUGCAACUGCUAAAGGACAAAGAGAGGGAGAGGGAGGAGCAGUGGGAGAGGGAGAGGAGGAAGGGGAGGCAGGAGCAGAUGGAGAGGGAGAGACGACAAGAGAGGACCAACAACAAACUGUGUGAGUUGGAGAUGUUGAGGCAACAGGACCAGCAGCGCAUGCAGGAGCUGCAGCACACUCUGGUAGAGCUGGAAAGAGAGGAGAAAGAAAUGGCUGCUCAGAGGCUGAGGCAGCAUAACAUGGCUGCUUCUUCACAGCAUCUCCAGAGUGACUUCCAGGCAGGCAGCGCACAACAGAACCACCAGAUGCAGUCGUCACAGAGUCUUCUGGAAAAGAUGAUGAAGGAGAACUCGGUGCUGACGGAGCGUGUGACAUCACUCAGCCAGGAGAGAGCCACCCUCAAACACAGACUCACCUUCCUGGAGCGACAGCUGCGGCUCACCGAGAACGAGCUGGCCAAGGUCACCACAGAAACCGAGAACAGACCCAUCAACGACGUGAUCAGCAACGGCAAGGUGCAGCGUCUGUAUGAGCGUUACCUGCGUGCUGAGAGCUUCAGGAAAGCUCUGGUGUACCAGAAGCGUUACCUCAUACUGCUGUUGGGAGGUUUCCAGGAGUGUGAGCAGGCCACACUGUGUCUCAUCGCACGUAUGGGAGCACGGCCAUCUCCCACCCUCUCCUCCUACAACAGACCCCUCAGUCGUUUUAGAGCUGUUGUACGAGUUGUCAUUGCUGUUUCAAGAAUGAAGUUCCUGACCAAGAAGUGGCAGAGAGCCAUCAGAAGAUUGUCCAUCUCUGGGAGUGUCAAUGGACAUGCUCCAGGACCUAAAGCUGAAGUUUUAAGGCAACAGCCAAGAAUACAUUUUGAAUCGCCACCAAACAGAGACCGCAGUUCCGUCCACAGACAAACGGUGUCGGCUCUCAGUCCGCCUAAAAAAUCUCCCUUCCGGUUGCACAACAGGUCGUACUCCAGCCCUACUCCGACUUUGGAGACUUCAGAAGGAACAUCUCAGGAUCCAGAGCGAUCUCUGACAGAAUAUAUCCACCAUCUAGAGAAAGUUCAGCUACGAUUGGUUGGAGCAAGACAAGGUUCGUCUGCUUUCCAGCCCGACCCAAAGUGAUCCAACGCUGAAUGAGUGACUGCCUCUUAUUGGCAUUUUGUUCCAAAACUGUCCAUGCCUUACACCCAUGUAGAAAUAUGUAGAAAGGAAUAUAUUUACAUUUUGGGUGAUGUGAUUUUUUUAAAGUACAUAAAUUAUUUUGAAAUAUUCUAUCGUAAUUUUUCUACUCUCUGUAAAUUGAUUCUUUGAAGUUCACUUCGAGAUAUUGCAAGAACAAAUGUUUUUCAUUAUUGUAAAGUGCUGUUUGUUAUUUUUCUACUAAUGUUUUUAUACGCUUUUGUGCUUGUAAAUAGGACUGAUGUUCAUUGUACAUGCGUCCAAAUCUGCACUGAUUUUUACUGAAAAUCUGUAAUUAGCAUCCCUAAUGAGCACAUUAUUGCAUAAAGAUCAACCAUACGUGUUUUUAUGUAUUAUCUGUGUUUCUACUAUAAAGUUGAUAAAUAUUUUAAAUGUGUGUACAAAUCAAACAGACUGACUUUAUUUUACUGCAGCUCAUAAUUGAAGUAUACCCUUAAAUGAUGUUUUAUAUACUGCUGCACAGUGAACAUUCUUUAUAAAGCAAUCCAUAUUAUCAUGUGCUGUUUCUGUUUCUGAAACUUUCAUACAAGGUAGUAUUAUAUUUUUGUUUAAAAAACAAACAAUACAAAUUUGCUUUUUCAAUACAGUACUGUGUAAACUACUAUAGACAUUCUGAUAGUAAGUCCAAUGUUUGCUUACUAUCCGAAUGUCUAUUGCUGAACCAUGAGAUAAUAGUUAACUACUUUUGUAUUUUACAAAUGAUGAGUGAAAUGAAGGGAAUACAAUAUAUUA